AGCUGUCACUCGAGCAUCACAAACAACUCAGGAAGAGUUCACCCAAAUACCUUAACACACAUACCACUAACAUCUUGUACAUCACACACCAGACAAUCAGUCUCAAGACCAUACUGUCACACUGGAUACACAGUCACACAGAAUAUCCCCUACUGUGUCGCAAGUUCCUCAAACACACAGCCGCAUACACCGGUCACGAUCACACACCCUAACAGUAUGUUACAUUGUAUGUUGUCACACACAUCUGAGUGCUUGCAGGCAGCGGUACAUACAGCAUCACCACAGGUAAACAUGCCUCUUGUACACAGUGGCCUCACCAUCUGUCUUUCUGUAGCUCUGAUUGUGUCUCUGUCUCAGACACACACACGUAUACACGCACACACGUGCACACACACACACACACACAGCGGGGAGGAAGCCGGGUGGAGGCUUCUGAGGGCCGAGUCCGGCGAGUCAGGGCUGGGCGGCUGCCCUGCCCUGGCGCUGGCGCUGGCGCUCCGGACUCUGUCCGGGCCAGGGCGGCGGCUGCAGCCGGGAGGGCGACGUGGAGCGGCCACGUGGAGCUGCCCGGGGGAGGUCCCGGCGGCGGGAAGCGAGGAGCCGGCUGCGCACAGCCUGGAGCGACGCCGAAGCCGGCCCCCAGCCUGAGUCCCGCGGAGCCGCCGCAGGAAAGACGUUACGUGUUCCAGUUCCAGGAAGGAUGUUGCUCAUGAGAAUAUCAGUGCUGCUGCUGCUGCCUCUGAGUCUGGCUGCUCCCAGGGAUGGAAUCAUGAGGCUGGACCCUGAAAUGCAGCAGCAGCCCUUACCCAACCCCUUCCAGCCAGGCCAGGAGCAGCUCCGACUUCUACAGAGUUACCUAAAGGGACUAGAGAGGAUGGAAGAGGAGCCAGAGCACAUGAGCCGGGAGCAGGUUCUCCUCUACCUCUUUGCCCUCCAUGACUAUGACCAGAGUGGACAGCUGGAUGGCCUGGAGCUGUUAUCUAUGUUGACAGCAGCUCUGGCCCCUGGAGCUACUGACUCUCCCACCACCAACCCGGUGAUCCUGAUAGUGGACAAAGUGCUUGAGACCCAGGACCUGAAUGGGGAUGGGCUCAUGACCCCUGCAGAGCUCAUCAACUUCCCCGGACAGCCCCUGGAGCUACAAGAUGUUGGGAGGCAGUCCCUGUUCGCUAAAAGCUCACCAAGACAAGAAGCACAGGAAGCUCUGGGCCUCAAAGAAGAAGCUGGGGGACAAGUGGAGGCCAGAAGGGAGUCCUUGGAGCCUGUACAGGAGGCUGAGGGACAGGCAGAGGCUGGAGGAGAAGCCCCAGGCCCUGGAGGGGAGGCUGAGGGACAGGCAGAGGCUGGAGGAGAAGCCCCAGGCCCUGGAGGGGAGGCUGGGGGACAGGCAGAGGCUGGAGGAGAAGCCCCAGGCCCUGGAGGGGAGGCUGGGGCACAGGCAGAGGCUGGAGGAGAAGCCCCAGGCCCUGGAGGGGAGGCUGGGGCACAGGCAGAGGCUAGGGACACUAGAGAGGAAGCCAAAGAGCUUCCAGGGGAAACACUGGAGUUUAACAACAUCCCAAACGGGUUUGAGGUUCAUGCUAUUCAAAUGGAGAACGAUGAGAUAUAAAUGUUGAGGAUACAGGUUUGUACUCCUAGAAGUCUCAGUGCCAGAACAUAGCCCCGAAGGGUGGAUAUGUAUGUUGGGACAAGGACCACCUCUAUGUCCCCUUUCUGGCCCCAGCGGGUGGCAGGUCUUCCUGUGCAGUGCAGGGAGGCUUUAAGUUGAGAGGACCUAGACAACCAACCAAUAAAGCUUUAGGACCCAGGCAACCAAUAAAGAACUGAAUGAACUCA